AUGGGUUGCCGAAACGUGCCACGUCUGGUAUCUUUUGACGGUAUGGACUUUCGUGAACGGCGGCUGGGCGUCGAUGUUGCCGAGCGUCACAUCGAGAGUGGAACAGACACAUUGGGCAAAAGACGGCCGUGUGCCAUGGCGCACGGGGGAGAGGGUUUUGGCAAGGUCGGCGCCGAGGGAGAAGGCUUUAGCACAGAACAAGCAGAACCAGCGGAAUCGCGCCAGGCUGACGUUAGCGUGGAACUACGUAAGCUUGACAGAACGUCCAGCGGCGCGAGCGUUAAUAGCUGCAGCAGCAGCAGCAGCAGAAGCAGCCAUGGCGGGAGCAGUCUGGUGGUGAUAUCGUUCUACAAGUUCGCGCAGCUGGACGAGUGCGACGCGCUUAAGCGCCCGCUCGAGCAGGUGUGCCGCCAGCACCGCGUGUCGGGCGGCGUAAUCGUCGCGCGCGAGGGCAUCAACGGCAGCAUCUGCGGCACGCCCGACGCCGCCGAUGCCGUCAUUGACUGGCUGCGCGCCGAUGCGCGGCUGGCGGGGCUGCGCACCACCGUGCAGCCGGCGGGCGCGGAGGAGAGAGAGGUGCACCGCGCAGCGGAGGCAAUGGAGGUGGAGGAGCGGGAGGAAGGGGGAGCGGAGGCGGAAGCGGUGGACGGGCAGUCGGAGUGUUCCCCGCUGGCGGCGGGGCGAGACGCGCCGUUCCGAUGGAACCACGUGCGCGUCAAAGUGAAGCAGGAGAUAGUGACACUGGGGAUGCCGGAGGUGAACCCAGCGGAUGGCGUGGGCACGUACGUGAGUCCGCGCGAGUGGAACGACCUCAUCUCCGAUCCCACCACGGUGGUGGUGGAUGUGCGCAACGACUACGAGACGCGCAUAGGCGCCUUCCACCGCGCCACCGACCCCAACACACGCUCCUUCCGCCAGUUCCCUGCCUGGGUCCACAACCACCUCCCCCUCCCGCCCUCGCCCCCCAACUCCUCCGCGCCUCCCUCCCCACCUUCCGCCUCCUCCGCCUCCACCACUCCCCCUGACUCCGCGUCUACUCCCGAGUCCCCUGAGUCUUCCCAAGCCUCGCCGUCCGAGUCCGCAUCGCUCCCCCGGGUGGCAAUGUACUGCACGGGGGGCAUCCGCUGUGAGAAGGCCACCGCCUACAUGCUGCACCUCGGCUUCCCCCAGGUGCCCCCCGCCCCGCUCUCCCCCCACCGCUACCCGUCCCUCUGCCCGGCCCACUGCCUGCCUGGCUGCCUGUCCUUUUCCCUGAUUCGCCAAGACCUUGUGAAAGCAUGUACAAGAGUACAACCCUCUCAAAGCCCCUCACACACACCCAUCACUCUUCCCCCAUCAACCUCCCCACCUCUCUUCCAGGAGCGGGUGUUCCACCUGGACGGGGGCAUCCUGCGCUACCUAGCAGAAGUGCCCCCCGCGGACAGCCUGUGGCGCGGCGAGUGCUUUGUGUUUGACAAGCGCGUGGCCGUGGGCCACGGCAUGCUCCCCACCGCCACCUACUCGCUCUGCUACGCCUGCCAGCAGCCCGUGGAUGAGGCUGACCGGCUGUCCCCGCUGUGGGAGGCGGGUGUGUCGUGCCCGCACUGCCAUGGCAGUAAGAGUGAGGAGGAGAAGGAGCGUGCGCGCGCCAGGCAGCGGCAGUUUGAGCGGUGGGGGGCGGUCGGGGGGCCGGGAGGGGAGAAGGCGGAGAGGGCUGCUGAGAGGAUAAGACGACGGGCUGAGAGGAGGAAAGGGGUGGGGGCGAGUGCUGCAGGGGAAAAGGAAGAUGAGGUGAGUGAGGGGCGGUCACAAGCUGAGCAGCACCAGCUGUCGUAG